AUGGCCAUAAUAAGCCAGAAUAGAGAAGUCAUUGGAUAUAUUACUUUGGAUAUCAAAAAGUCUUUCAGUAGUUCAUUGAAACAGGACCUUGGCGACCAUCGACCUCCACAAAACCCGAUCUUUAACACUUUGAAAGAGUUAUUUGUUGUUGACCACGACCGCAAUCUUUCCAGUAAACACGAUGUCAAAACUCUGUGGUCUGGUAGUUCAGCUACGAGAAGAGCUACAGGAAUUAACAAAGAAGUACUAGUAGCACGUCUGAGAGAAGCUCUCAUUGACGAAGGUAAGAACACAGACGAAUUCAAGUUUGAUUGUGCUGACGAAGACAAUGAAAUUAGCAAAUUCACGUUUACAACCGAUAAAAUGAUGGAACUUCUGCUUAGUAUGUCAACUGAAAUGAAACAGAUCAAAGAACAGUCCGAACGACAGUCCGAACAACCGACAGAAGAGUUAAAACAGAUCAAGGACCAGCUAAAACACGUAAAAUUGGAAGUGGCAGAACAGAUUGAAGAACAGUCAACAAGAAUAGAAAUGAUCGAGCACAAACUUGAUCGUCAGACCGUUGAGGUAGAUCACAAGAUAGACAAAUUGAAGCGAGAAUUGGAGCAAUCCAAAAAUAUGGCCAUGCCGUUAGAUCACGCAUCCAGAAGAACUUUGAAGGUACCAGCAUUUGACGGAGAGAUGUCCUGGAACGUUUAUCAAACCCAGUUCGAAGCUGCGGCAACUAGUAACUGUUGGAACGGAAAAGAACGAGCAACAGCACUGAUAAUGGCCCUGCGAGGUUCAGCAGCAGAGGUUCUUCAGACGAUUCCGGCGGAGAACCACUUCAACUAUGAAGUUCUGGUUAGCGCGUUGGAUUUAUGUUAUGGUGAAGAACACGUGAAACAGAUUUAUCGGUUUCAGCUUAGAAACAGAACGCAACGAUCUGGUGAAUCCAUUCAGCAGCUGGCACAAGAUAUCGAACGGUUGACAUUGCUGUCAUAUCUGACAUCAGACCCCGAGCAUAGAGACGAAACUGCCCUGGAUACGUUUAUCAAAGCCCUUCGUGAUUCGGAACUCAAGCAAUCCCUUCUCUUGUCAGAUAAACGAAAACUCAAGGAUGCCGUUGCGCACAGUCUCACUUUUGAAUCGGCAAAGCAAGCAUCAAAAAGUGACGUACGUCUACGCCAAGUAGAUGAAGAAUGCCCUUGCCAGAAGGUGGUUGUGAAACGCGAACCUCACAGCAUGGGGUACCCCAAUGCUGGAUUUGUGGUGAAAAAGGCCAUCUACGUCGUGAUUGUAAACACCGCCUAA